GUUGCUGCCAUGAACUCCCUGGUGUUCCUCUGUGCGCAGAAGGUCGUAUGCCACCAUGCCACCCUGCAUGGCGCCUUAGAUUUCCUCCCAAAGGAGCUCUACCCAGUCUUGUUCAAAGCAGCCUUCAUGGACAAGAAAAUUCAUGCGUUGCAGGACUUAGUGCAGACCUGGCCGUUCCCAGUCCUCAGUUUUCAGAAGCUCUUACGGAAAUGUCAGCAUUGCGAGCGCGCCCUGAUCCGGGAGAGGCCCAACAGGCUCUGCGUUCAGACGAUUAUUUUGGGGGUGGAGACCUAUCUGAUUAAGAUGCUAGAAGAUCGACACCGCAGUAAGAGCAAGGGCCAGCGGCUGCAAAUCCUAGACAUGACGGGCCUCCAGGACGAAGGGCAGGGCCCGGAAAGCAUGAGCCUCUGGUCCAGGACGGUCACCCUGGCCAAAGCUUGCCUGGACAUCUCCAAGCAGCAGAGCAAGUGUAUGAAGCGGGCCUCCAAGAGGAGGAAAGGCCCCUACAACAACUCCGUGGUGCUGCCGCCCCCUCAGCCCAUCUUCGUGGACGUCUGGGUGGACCUCUUUGUGAACAGCACUUCCUACGGGGUCCUGAAAGAUGCCUUGCAGAUCAACAGCAAUAAUGCGCUGCGCCUGAGGUGCCGGGACUUCCGGGCGGAGGAGCUUUCCAUCGCCAGCACCGUGGGGCUGCUGGAGUUCCUGGACCCGGUUGGCGUCCGGCAGGUGGACCUGCGCUUCAACAAUCUGGGGCUCUCCGGCUUGAGGGUGGUCCUCCCCCACCUGGCCAAGUUCACCAAGCUGGCCAGUUUGAAACUGCCCUACAGCAACAUCGACGUCCGGCGUCUAACGGUGGGCAUGGAAGGGAGCCUGCAGUAUUUUGCCACCCAGCUCAGCCGCCUGGCAUGCCUCAAGGAGCUGAACCUGGGAUCCUCCAGACUGUCGGGCAAGCUAACCCAGCUGCUGGGAGACUUGCAGAAUCCCUUGGAGAGCCUGGAGCUGGCCUUCUGCUACCUCCUGCCAAACGACCUUGCCUAUCUUUCCCAAAGCCUCCACACUCCCGCCCUGAAGAAACUGGACCUCAGCGGCAACAACCUCUCCGACUGCCUCCUUCAGCCUUUCCAGGUUCUCCUGACCGAGGCCUCGGGCACUCUGAUGCACCUGGACAUCAUGGAGAGCCGCCUAAUGGACACCCACCUGAGCACACUUCUCCCCGCCCUGUGCCGGUGCUCGCGGCUUCGCUACCUGGGAGUCUUCGGCAACCCCAUUUCCACCAAAGGGCUGAAGAACCUGCUCCACAGGACAGUCGGGCUCUCGGACUUGAAGCUGGUCAUCUACCCUUACCCCGUGGACUGCUAUGGGGAGGACCUGCCCUGGCCCCCCACCUCCUCGAACCUGCUCAACGGCUUGGUGGACGAGGAGAAGUUUUCUCGGGUCAACAACGAGCUCCAGCAGAUGCUGCUGAGCGCCAACCGGGCCGACGCCGUCUGGACCACGAACCUUUGCCGGCACAACAGCCUGGACUAUUUCAGUUUGUAGCCCGGAUAGCAGACGCUGU